GACUGAAAAUCAGUGGGUGAGGCAUACUUUUGCAGUUUGUGCCACGAAAUAGAAAAGACAAAAUUUUGUGAAAUUCCCUAAAAAAAAAAGAAGAAUUUGUGAAAUUCCCUCAAAAAAAGAAGAAAAGUUGUGAAGAUGAAGUUGAUUAAGAAAAGCUGGUUCUACAUCAUUGUUCUUUUGGUACUCCUCAGCCUCUUCACGGAGGAGACAGAGGCUAGGCGGAGGGUACUCCGGGGACGUCGUACCAUGACACGCAGCUAUAAACGUGGACUCCCCAUCCCCGCAUGGGCCAUCAUUGUGGCAGUGGCGCUUGGGAAUUUAAUUGUGGGCGCCAUCCUCUAUGCCGUCAUGUACAGGUGCAUCCUGUCUAAGCAUGCGUCCAGUCAGAACUCCUACACCCCAGCAAUGACCAUCGAUGAGCCAUAGGAGCUACGCGUGCCAUCACUUCAUAUCCACCCAGACAAUAUUACAUUUAAUUUAAUUCCAAAUUCUUCUAUCCGUUUAAUUAUACUAAUAAGCCUUAACUGAGGAGACCAUACAUAUUGUUACGCUAAACAGUCUGUCUUUUUGUAUUAAAACGUUUUUUUUUUUUUGCACAAAGUGUAAA